UCACCACUGACCUCUCAGACAUGCGAUGUUCAGUGGUGACAUUCACUUACCGCGAUCCAGCCGCCCCUUUAACUACCAAGCUCCGGCCCCCUCGUGAGCGAAUGUGCAGCCCAAUGAAACAGGAGGUCGAGGAUGCUGGGAACCGUAAGCGGGGGGAAGCCUGGAUGCUGGAUUGAGCUGGUGCUGAAGGGGAAUUACCGUUCGUAAGGUCUAUAUGCAUCACUCUACUCUUUCCAAGGGCUAAAAUGCUCUAAGCAGUUCUGCUGAAAAGUGAAAUCAAGCACAACCCUCCAGUCUGAAUACUGUUCUGCUCUCAAAGGAUUUUUCCCAGUCUUGGAGAUGUAUGGGAGCACUAGGACCAUGGGGCAUGUGGAAGGCAGUCCCUCGCGGUCCCCCCGCCUGCCGAGGUCACCGCGCCUGGGCCAUCGGCGGGCUGCUAGUAGUGGGGGCGGAGGUGGUAAGACACUAUCUAUGGAGAAUAUCCAGUCCUUGAAUGCAGCUUAUGCAACCUCUGGACCCACGUACCUGAGUGACCAUGAGGGCCUUGGUUCCACCACCUACCCCAAAGCCAUGGUGGGCUUGGGUCGUGCCUCGAGUCGUGCUCUUCAUGGUUCACGUGUCACUGCCAUGGGCAGCAGUCCCAACAUCGCCACCAUGGGGCUGCCUCACGCCGAUCCCAUGUCUUAUGGUGACCUGGGCUCCCUCGCCAUGCUUCAGCACCAUCACCACCACCAGGGGGUGCCAGCGGGUCUGAGGCCGGCCCGCGAUAGCGGUGUGCUUGACCUCCAAACUCAGCUCAGGGAGCUACAGAGAGACAACGAGCUCCUGCGCCGAGAGCUGGAAGCAAGGGAGGGGAAGCUCAUCUCGGCUUCUGGUGCUGGCACCCGUGGCUUCUGGAGUCCUGAGCUGAAGAGGGAGAGGGGAGUACGCAAGGAGGAGGUGGCCCGUGCCUCCUUGCUGAGGGAGCAGAUGAGAGUGGCCCAUGAGGAGAAUCAGCACCUCCAGAUGACUAUCCAGGCCCUGCAGGACGAGCUGCGCACCCAGAGGGACCUGAACCUACUGCUGCAACAGGAGAGCGCAGGCCGCAGCGCAGAGCAUGCCACCAUCGAGCUGACUGAGGACAACUUCCGGCGGCUGCAGGCCGAGCACGAGCGGCAGGCCAAGGAGCUCUUCCUGCUGCGCAAGACACUGGAGGAGAUGGAGCUGCGCAUCGAGACGCAGAAACAGACGCUGGGAGCGCGAGACGAGUCCAUCAAGAAGCUGCUGGAGAUGCUGCAGAGCAAGGGGCUGGGCGGUGAUGCCAGUGAGCGCUCACGGAGGCUGGCCGAUGCCGACUCGCAGCUCUGCCACCUAGAGGUGGUGCUGGACCAGAAGGAGAAGGAGAACAUGCAGCUCCGAGAGGAGCUGCAUCGACGAAAUCAACUCCACCAGGAUCCAGCUAAAACCAAAGCCCUGCAGACUGUUCUGGAGAUGAAGGAUACUAAGAUUGCAUCUUUGGAGAGGAAUAUCCGUGACCUGGAGGAUGAGAUCCAGUUGCUGAAGGCAAACGGGCUCCUGAACACAGAGGAUCGGGAGGAAGAGAUCAAACAAAUGGAGGUCUACAAAAACCACUCCAAGUUCAUGAAGACCAAGAUCGAUCAGUUGAAGCUCGAGGUGUCGAAGAAGGAGUCUGAGCUCCUUGCCUUACAAACAAAACUUGAGACGCUGAACAAUCAAAACUCGGACUGCAAGCAACAUAUCGAGGUGCUAAAGGAAUCUCUGACUGCCAAAGAACAGCGGGCUGCUAUUCUUCAAACUGAAGUGGAUGCUUUGAGGCUGAGAUUGGAGGAGAAAGAAGCCUUCCUGAACAAGAAGACAAAACAGCUUCAGGACCUCACAGAGGAGAAAGGCACAUUGGCCGGAGAGAUCCGGGACAUGAAAGACAUGCAUGAAGUCAAGGAAAGGAAGAUCAAUGUCCUUCAGAAGAAGAUUGAGAAUCUCCAGGAACAGCUUCGGGAUAAAGACAAGCAGUUGACCAACCUGAAGGACCGUGUGAAAUCGCUGCAGACCGACUCCAGCAACACCGACACUGCGUUGGCCACGCUGGAGGAGGCCUUGGCGCAGAAGGAACGAAUCAUCGAGCGGCUGAAAGAGCAGCGGGAGCGAGAGGAUCGGGAGAGACUAGAAGAGUCAGAGUCAUACAGGCAGGAAAACAAGGAUCUGAAGGAGAAGGUUAAUUCUCUGCAGGUAGAGCUGACAGAGAAGGAGACCAGCUUAAUAGACUUGAAGGAGCAUGCUUCAUCCUUGGCUUCAGCUAGCCUGAAAAAGGACUCCCGCCUGAAGUCACUGGAGAUAGCAAUAGAGCAGAAGAAGGAGGAGUGCAGUAAGCUGGAGACCCAGUUACAGAAGCAAGCAGAGCAGCUCUUCAGCCAAAUCAACAGCAGUGCCCUGGACACAGAUCAAGGCCGAAGCCACCCAGAAUUGGUGGAUAAGGCCAAGCAGUUAGAGCAGGAAUUGUCCUACUACAAGGAGGAAUCGCACAAGGCCCAGGCUGAAGUGGAACGUCUGCUCGAUAUCCUAAGAGAGGUGGAGACGGAGAAGACCGAUAAGGACAAAAAAAUCACUGACCUGGAAAGAACAGUGAAGGACCAAACAAAGAAAGGGCCCAACUUUAAGCACAACCAGCAGGAGGAAAUGAAGAACAACGCACAGCUCAUGCAAGUGACCCGCAAGGACAAUCUGCCAGACAGCUCACAAAAUGUAAAGCUGGAGGAGCUUGCAGCCACACUUGAGAAGACCAGGCAGGAGCUGGAUUCAACGAAGCAGAGACUGAGCUCCACGCAGCAGUCGCUCGCUGAGAGGGACGGUCACCUGACCAACCUGAGGCAGGAGCGCAGGAAGCAGCUGGAGGAGAUCCUGGAAAUGAAGCAACAAGCACUUCUGGCGGCCAUCAGUGAGAAAGAUGCCAACAUUGCCCUGCUGGAGCUGUCUACCUCCAACAGGAAGAAGACACAGGAGGAGGUGAUGGCCCUGAAAAGGGAGAAGGAUAGGCUGGUGCACCAGCUCAAGCAACAGACACAGAGCCGAAUGAAGCUAAUUGCAGACAACUAUGAAGAAGACCAUCACCAUUCUCAGCAACCUCACCCCCCACAACCCCAUCCUCAGCCCCAGCAUCCAUACCCUCAAGCUCAUCUCAACCCAAAUCCUCAACACCCCCACCCACAACUUCAACACCCUCAACCUCAGCCCCAACACCCCUAUCCUCCACCCCAACUAAACCCCAGCCCCGGUCCUCAACACCCCCAUGCAUCACUCCAGCACCCCCACCCUCAUCAACCCCAACACCCUCACCCCCAACACUCUCCUCAUCCUCAGCCUCCACACCCCAACCCACAGCCACAUCAUCCUCAGCCUCAAAUCCAUCACUCCCAACCCCAGCCACCUCACCUCCAACCCCAACCACCUCACCCCCAAAUACAGCACCCUCCACCUUACCCUCCGCAGCCCCAACACCCACCGAGCCAAUACCCACCCACUCCACAUCUACAGCAUCCCCAAGGGCAGUACACUCAGCCAACACACCCCCAGCCCCAAUACACCCAGCCACCACACCCCCAGCCCCAAUACACCCAGCCACCACAUCCCCAGCACCCUCCACCUCACCACCCUCAGCACCCCCCACCUCACCACCCUCAGCACCCCCAGGUUCAAAUGCAACACCCCCCACCACAUCAGCCCCAGCACCCCCAUCCUCAACACCCCCCUCACCCUCCACACCCACAUCAGCCACCACCCCCCCAUCGUGGGCCCAGCCGUGGUCCUCCACAUGGCAGCCAUCGGCCAUCUCCCGAUCAGGAUGACGAGGAGGGAAUUUGGGCAUAAGCGCUUCUACGAUCUCCAAAACUCUGAGGGGUAAAGAAUCACAAGGGACCUAAAGCUUGCAAAAGUCCUUCAGAAGCUGAGUGAGAGCAGCCCCAUCUAUUUUUCACUGAUGGACUUGUCCAUACAUAGACAGCCUUGUACACACAUGCCAUUACAAAGGCUUGCAUUAGCACAGCUGCUGUAGUGUAUAGACCCACAGAUAUAUGUCUUCUUGAACAAAUCUCUUCGAGAAAAGUCCAUACGAACAGACUGCAGUCAUAAUGGGCAGUUUUCUGGGGCAAACACCCUCCAUAAGAGCUUUACUGAUUGACGCUGUUCAUAUUUAUGUCCUGCGUUUGUGACCCUCAAACAAGCGUAACUGAUUUUUCACUAAUUUCAUUUAAGUCUGAACACAUACAGGGAUCCACCCUGAUAGGAACAGUCAAACAGAGCCUCCUUCUUUUUAUUAAUCAUUUGUAAAAUGGUACUUUGAAAGGCACCGGUAAAACUAGGAACCUUGAGUUAGAGUUGCAGUCAGUCCUGCUACAACACAACUAAUGCAUUCCUGAAAAAUCUUGUGUUCACUAAAGUCUGAAGUACUGAAAUACACAUAUCCAAUAGGAAAAAUUGGAUUGGUGGAAUGCAACUCUGAAGCUUAGUAACUCUUACGCCAGUGAUAACAGUGGCUAAAAAUGUAAUUACAGUAGAACCUUGGAACUCGAACUGGUCUGUCAAUUAUUUUUUCUACUUGUAUCUUGAUCGAAAUCUCAGAGCUUGACCAUUCCUCCUAAAACUUGUACGGGUUGAAAUGCAUUCAACUUUACCAAGUCGGACCUCAACCAGGUCAGUCAAGAAAAAUGUUGCUGCAACUCGACCGAAAACUCGAAACACUACAAAACAAAACAAACCUGCUAAAACUUGCACAGAGGGAGAUGCAUCUCCCCUUGCAUUGGUAUGUGUGCUUUUUCGUUUGUGUAUUAGUUUCAUAUUGAUUUAUAUUAAUUGUUAAUGUCUUUAUCAUUAGUUGGGUAGACAGAUAUGUUUAAAUAGACAAUCAUUUGGGGGUCUAGAAUGUAUUAAGAUCAUUUACAUUAUUUAUUAUGAGAAAAUUCGACAUGGACCUCAGCCAAAUCUCAACUCGAGCAGCCAUCUGGGACGAAUUACUGCAAGUUUGUGUUCCAAAGGUACCAAACUGAUUAGGUUCCAAACUGUACAUGCAUUUUAAAUUAGAAAUAACACCACUACAAUAAUAAAUUAUAUCAUAAACAUCCCCUUUAAGUCUCAUGAGAAUUGCAUAGUAACUCCUGCAACCGAAAGUACCAAACUGGCUAAAGUCGGGAGGAAUGAUGGUCACAGAGAUGCUUCAAGAACCAUUUGCUUUAUUUCGUAACCCCACUAGAUGGUGCUGUUGGUUUACCUUUGGGCAUGUUUGAGUCCCCAUCUAGUGGGAUCAGAAAAGAUAGCAAAUGGUUUAUGUAGAGUCAUAUUGGCCAUCAUUAGCACUCUCCACAAACACAGCGGAUUACGGUAUUGUGAGGGCCAUUGAAGGCAGCAUGGCUACGUACAGUCUAUGAAUAGUAACUGAAUUUUAAAAGGCUUCUGUGUUUUUUUUUAUAUGAUAAUUGGUCAAAUAUUUUUGGAGUUUUAGAAUCUAUGACUUUGACCUGUGCAAUAUGUGAAUGUACAAAAAAAUUGAUUCUUUAAGAUUUGAAAAUCAGUUCAAACCAUUCACUGGAAUGAACCGGACGUCACUUAUCGAUCACUUGGAUAGUUCUUCUUGCGUGUGUGUAGUGUUUCUUACUAAGACCAUAUCACGUUGUAGUUUGCUUAGUGCUGUUCUCUCCAUCUGAAAAUGACACAUACAAAUGUGAUUCCACGUAGUAUUGGAUUUGGGUACUAAUAUAUCAAUCACGGUAGAACAGAUUCGCAUUGUGAUAUCACAUGUUGUAGCAGGACUGACUAUAUUCUGUUUUCUGAAACUUACGCCAUUUCAUCCUGCCUGUCUGUCUGAUGCUCAUCUUCACCUUGUGUUGUUUUCAUUUAUUGUUCUGUAUGUUAAACUGUAUAUUCCAUUUAAUAUAUUUUAAGGGGAUCUCAUCUCUUGUGCAUGUCUUAUGUUGUAAAUCCUGACAAGAUUUACAGAAAAAGAGAUCAGUCAACUCCUGGCUCACCUGGUAUUCGUCUUUUGGCUCCACCAGGAGAUAUGCUCGUUAGAGAAUGUCCCAUCCUAGAAUGACGUAUCCUCAUCACCAUUGUUUUGUGUCCAGUUCCAUACACAUUCUUGUGAAUGCCUUUGCUGUUUAUCCUUUGACAUUUAUUAAGGUGUUUUAUGCAUUUCCAAGCUAUCCAGUCCACUGUUUCUAUGCCCUGUUAUAGGCUCUUUCAUUUAACCUACCAUUUGUUUUUGCGAAGACUAUGCACUGGAAAAGACCCAUGCAUGUCAUCCAGUGUGGUUUCAGGGUACCUUAAUCAUGGUGGUGCUGUUCAGUCUAUGAAUAUGAUGAAAAAUAAGCCAUAUUGUAAUUAUGUAAUCCCUUAGCUAAAAAAGAUGGAGGUACUUUGUGUGUAUAAUCCCAUAGAGUACUGUUAAUGUGGAAAAAAUAUAUACUGUACACUGACUACUGUGGAUCAAAUUGCAAAAUAGUGGACCGCACAGCACAAUGACACCUCACCCCUGGAUGUGGAUAAGCUUUAUCCUGGAUAGUCCCCAUUCUAAAUAACCCCUCAGCUGUAGCUUUCAAGCUUCCAGAAGCUGAUUAUAAAUCCACAGAACUCCUCUGACUGGCACCCCUGCUCUGAGCAGCCUGGGAGGAGAACGUAUUUAAAAAAAAAUGUGUUUUUUAUUUAGUUAUGCGAAUAAGCAUGAGAAAACUAAAGUGUACAAUUUUUUUGUGCACCCAAAGAAAAUAGAAAUACAUGUGGGACCAGUGACACUGGAUGAAACAUCACAUCAGGAGAGGUUUCAAACCUCCUGUAAAUGGAAAGACUGUCCUCGGCUCCAUUAUGACCACUGAGCUUCGUAGAAUCUGCCCUACAAGGAGCAGCAUGGCACUGAGAUGUCCGUACACACAGACCUCAGGACAAACAGACCUUUAAGGAUAAGGAUGGAGCUGGAAUCCAUUUUUGGGACAUCCAUGUUCCAUCUCCUGCCUGAAACAACUCUUGAGAGUGUGACAGUUGCAGACGUUACCCAAAAUGACUUGCAGUGUUUUCAUGUAUAUCUAGAGACCAUUGCCACUGGAGUGGCAGUUUAAAAGUCUCAAAAAGACACUGUCUUGUAACUGUUGUUAUUGUCAAUGUGUCUGAUACAGUGGAAAAUUUUGUACACACGGUGCUGGAGGGAUUUCCGUUAAAACCAACCCACUGAAAUUGUGUAUGUCCUCAAUAGUGGUCGUGGUAGUCAUUGUCACUGUUGUCUGCAGUUGUUAAGGUUUACCGUUAGAUCAGGAUGAAUGUGAAUAGUGUCUUUUCUCCUGCGUGUCUUUAAUGCAAUUAGACAAAUAUGGGCACCCUCCUCUACCUAGAGCCAGAAUAUCCCAACCAUAGCUUAGCUUACUGCAUUAAAUAUUCACAAAGCAUCAAAGUCAGUAAAGAACAAAAUGGUGGUCAAUGCUAACCGAGGAGCACAAAAGCUAAUCACUUGAAUAUCAUGUCAGGGCAUGGUAUUUUGAGUGGCAUAAUAUCAGGUCUUUAACAUUAAUACUUGAAGUAGGGUCUCCUACCACAGAAUGCCAGUACAUAUGUAAUGAAUCCAUCAAAUUCAAAGCAAUUCGCUGGUCCCAGCUCCUUUUGAGUAUAGUGCCAAUUUUAUGGUCAAUGGAUAGAUCUUGUUCUCUAUGCAUAGGGGGAGUAGAAUUCAGCUCUCAUAAGAUUUUUAAACUGUUCUGUGGACUCACAUGGGUGGCACUAAUAAGUGAAAGGAAUCCUUUUGUUUAUCAUGGUCAUAUCUGAGGGUAUCUGUUGUUCAAUGCAAAACUGGGCUAAAGAAACACUGUGAGAAAUGCAAGAAACAUUUUUAUUAAACAAUAUUAUUAUUAUUACUUUUUAAAAUUUUAAUUUUUCUGUCAUUUUCUUUCUAUUAUUUGCACAGAGUAAAAUUCUGUUUGCAGUUAUACAGUGUGUAUUUGUAUAUAUGUAUUUGUUUUGCUGUACAGUACUGUUUUGAAAUGUCUGUUUAUGUGGACGUGGGUGUAUUGUGCUAAUCACAGGUGAAUGGCUAGCUGUAACAUAGGGCUUACGUCCCUGCUUCAUCUGUGUUAUCAGAUAUGUCAACCGGUUUGGUGCAUAGGCGAGGUGAUUCUGUGAUGUUGUAUCUGACCGUAUGUGGCUACUGCCAGUACCUUCAUCUUCCUGCUGAUGUUUGUGUAGCAUGUGGAACGGAUGGCAGCAUGUCAUGGACUGUAACCGUAGUAACUGUUAAUCGGGUUCUUAUUGACAUGUGAUACGAUGAGGAUAGAGAGCUUAAAUUGCUGUUGUCUGUGUUGUGUCAGAAUCUGGAGUGUUGGCCAGCGUGGGUUUAUUCAUAAAAUAAA